AUGGCCGAAUCCGGCGACUCGUCCCCGAACUCCGCCGCGGCCACGGAGGACGCGCACCACGAGGCGUCGGAGGCGGCGGUGCAUGCGCAGCCGGCGGCGCAGCCGCGCCCGCCGCCGCCGCCGUCCAAGGUGCGGCUGAUGGUCAGCUACGGGGGCCGCAUCCAGCCGCGCCCACACGACAACCAGCUCGCGUACGUCAACGGAGAGACCAAGAUCCUGUCGCUCGAGAGGCCGCUCGUCUUCGCCGACUUCGCCGCGCGCCUCGCCCCGCUCGCCGGGAACGCCGGGGACGUCUGCGUCAAGUACCAGCUGCCCGGGGAGGACCUGGACGCGCUCGUCUCCGUCACCAACGACGAGGAUCUGGAGCACCUCGUCCUCGAGUACGACCGCCUCCACCUCCAACGCCCCGCCACGGCCUCCUCCGCCGGCUCCGGCUCCAGCCGCGGCGGAUCCACGCUCAGGCUCAGGGUCUUCCUCUUCCCCGUCCAGUCGCCCCAGCCACCUCCGCUGCCGCCGCCGCAGCCGGCUGGGCUCCUUGAGCCCAAGGCGGAGCGGCGCCACUGGUUCGUCAAGGCGCUCAACACCGUCCCACUGCCGCCCUCCAAGCAGGACCCGCCGCCCGUGCCCCCGCAGCAGUCGCCCCCGCCGCAGCAGCAGAAGCAGGAGUCGGUGUUCGCACAGCAGUCGUCGAUGCCGCCGCUGGCCAAGCACGAGGCGGCGUUCGUCCAGCAGGCUCCGCCUCAGCCGCACAUGGUGGUGCAGAUGCCGCCGCCGCCGCAGCAGCAGCAGGCGCACGUGGUACUCGAGGCGGCGAGCCCCGACUACCUGUUCGACCUCGACAACGGCUUCGUGCCUCCCCCCGCGGUGAAGUACCAGCGCCAGAUCCAGGAGCUCGAGAAGCUGCAGGUCGCCGACAACGCCACCCACCAACCACCACCUACUGCAGCGGCGCCUGCUCCGGCACCUUCCCUCGCCGCCGCCCCCGUCCCCGUCCCCGCCGCCCUCCCGAGGAACGGCAGCGACGACUCCCUGACCCGCGCCUACCCUCCCGCGACCGCGACCCCAACCCCUACCGCCAACACGGAGUACUACCUUCCAAAGUUCCCGGAGAAGCCCCCCGUGCCGCCGCCGUCAUCCGCUCCGCCCGCGACGGCCUACCUUCAGGUGCAGGGCAGGUACGCAUCCGUCGCUCCUGGCUCCGGCGCGGACCGUGGCCCUGUGUUCUUCAUCCCGGCGCCCCACGGCUACUUCGCCGCCACCGCCUCCCCAGGUGCGACCUCCUACCCCGCCGUGUACGCCGUCGCGCCACCCAGUGCCACUCCCACCGCCAACGGCUCCGCCCCCUCACCUGCGGUGUCGAAUGCCACGGCCUACGCCCCCGCCCCCACACAGGUCGCGUACGACAGCAAUGGCCGCGCCAUCUACUACACCAGCAUGCUCCCCCAGUACCCUUCGGCUGUCAAUGGCAUGUCGGCAGCGGGCGCCGUGAUCGGGACAGAGACCGUGAAGCCGACCGCCUCGUGA